AUGCUUAUUACAACAGGAAGGAGUGUGCGUGAGGUGGUGGCAGAUAUAAUAGAAACGUACAGUAAAGAGAGACGGUUAAAUUUGACAAAGGAGAAUAAAGAGUAUUUACUGAGGUAUCUCCUGCCGUACACAAAGCAAUCACUGAAUAUUCCAUCAACACAUGAAAUAAAAGAACUCUCUGAAGUAUUACUACAUGAACAGGACCACAGGAAAAUAGAAGCAUUAUUAGUCAAUAGUACAGUAGAAAUAAGGAAAGCAGUAUAUUUUAUGCUUAAAAUAAAGAAAAUGGGACUGAUCCUGUCCAAUACCACAGUAGAUUCAGAAGAAAUGGCGUUUUCUGUGAUUAAAAAUGCAAGUGUGGGGAUAUAUAUGUCUUGGUUUAAAGAUAUUGCAGAUGGGAAUGGGUCACGCCUUAAGAAUUUAAUUCCUGUUGGAUUGUUUGAUAUGUGCUUUACUGUAUACUGUGCAGGGAAGGUGUACUUAUACUUAGAAGAACUGUGCUUUAACAAAGUGUCUCCAUUAGCACAGUCAUUCUUUUGGGUGGUAAAGUCUCAUUUAAAUGCGUACAGAGAGUCUAUCUACACAAAGCAAGUCGACAGCAUGUUCUCCUUUUAUGUUAAGCAUUAUGAAAGAAUGAAAUGGCUGCACAGACUAGCACAUAUUUCACAGGAGGUUUUAAUGUAUGAUGAAGGUGGAAUGCUUGGUGGUAUUAUUAAUAAGAAUAAGGCGGGUGCCGAUGGGUUUAUUGUAAAUAGAAAGAUUGGUAAUAGAAAUAGCAGUUUAAUUGAAUUUAUUGAAAAGCUGAGAGAGUCACCGUGGACGGAAUCUAUAAGCAAUGAAAUUUUAGAGAGGUAUAAAAAACCACUUUCAGAUGAAGUGAUUAAGUGGAUGGAAGGGUAUUCCAGUGAUAAUUCCUUUAUAAAGGAGAAUAAGGAAGAGCGAAAUAUUUGGAAUGUGUUUUCUGUUGUAGAAAGGGAUAUUCCCUUGUCUCUUUCUAUAAACACUGCACGUAAUAUACUGUAUAUAGGUAAGACUAAAAGGAUUCUUCCCAUGCUCAAAUCCUUCAGUACUUUAGAAUUUUCUGGGUCUAUCCCGGAUUCUGGCAUUUUUGAUUCUGAGUGGAUAGAUCACCUGCAUAAAGAAGCAGAAUUUAAGAUUAAAUCGCAUUUAUUCUUAGAUUACAAAGCGUAUGAGCACUUGAAAAUGAUCAGAGAUGUUUUCUUUUUGUUCAGAAGUGAUUUUGCACAUGGACUAGUUAAUCUUUUAGACGGGUCGGAGUACGGAGUGGAUGCAUCUGCAGUUGAUGAAAUAUUAGACGGGUGCUUUGGGCAUAAUGUGACAGAAUUUGUUGAUGUAAUAAUUGGUGAGGAUGGCCUUUCUUUAGUAUAUAAAGAAGUAUUUCCGUAUAAUGUGAUAUUUGGAAGCAUUUCUCAAAGUAUUCUCUCUGGGUUUGAACUGUUCUGGAAUCUUAGAAAGGUCAUUUGCGGUGUAUUUAAGCUUUAUAAAGAAAAUAAGAGUCCAAGCACAUUCCUUCUCUCUACUAAAGCAGGAGAAAUAGAAUAUUAUUACUUUGAAAAAAUAGUCCAUGCACUGUGGUGCUUUAAGGACAUGCCAGAAGAGAGUUUAUACAACCCAGGGAAGAUCUCAAAGAAAGUUGAAGAUAUUUUGUACCACUUAAUAAACACAUGUAAAGAGACGUGUACUCUUUCAAUCCUGCGCAGAAUACAAGAAUUACUUAUACAGCCAAUAACCACACACAGUAUCAGUGCAAUAGAAACCCUUCUUCAAAGAAUAUCAGGCGAGUAAAGUGCUGUUAAUAUCAUAAUAAAGU